AUGACUCAUAUGCAUAUAUAUAGCUGUCAUGGCAGCCCCGCAAGUAGGAAAGUAACGCUGAAAUUGCAAUGGAAAGGACUAUCAACAGACAGAGAGUUCUUCUUCAGCACCUCCAACCGCCUGUUCCUCUUCCUGAUCACUCCAAUGCAUCUUCUCUAUCUUCUUCGAUUUGUUUAGCAGGAAAUGGUGUUGCUUAUAACAGAACUCCUGCUUCUGGAGACGAUGUUGUCAUUGUGGCUGCAUAUAGAACUGCUAUAUGCAAAUCCAAACGCGGAGGAUUCAAAGAUACCCUUCCUGAUGACAUACUUGCUCCUGUUCUCAAGGCUGUUGUUGAAAGAACAAAUCUAAACCCUGCUGAAGUGGGAGAUAUAGUUGUUGGCACUGUCUUGGCUAAGGGCUCUCUAAGGGCUCUUGAAUGUAGAAUGGCUGCUUUUUAUGCUGGUUUUCCUGAGUCUGUUCCGCUAAGAACUGUUAACAGGCAAUGUUCAUCUGGUCUUCAAGCGGUAGCAGAUGUAGCAGCUUCCAUAAAAGCCGGGUUUUAUGAUAUAGGUAUAGGGGCAGGAAUAGAGAGCAUGACAGUCGACAAUAUCAGUCUCUCUGAAACUGUUAAUCCAAGAGUAAAGACUAUCCCACAAGCCAAUGAUUGUCUUCUACCAAUGGGCAUUACUUCUGAAAAUGUUGCACAACGUUAUGGAGUGAGUAGGCAAGAACAAGAUCAUGCUGCUGUGGUUUCUCAUCACAGAGCUGCUGCGGCAACUGCAGCAGGGAAGUUCAAAGACGAAAUUAUUCCUGUUUCUACAAAGAUUGUAGACCCUACGUCUGGAAUAGAGAAGCCAGUGGUGAUAUAUGUCGAUGAAGGCUUUCGUCCAAAUGCAAAUAUGGGGGACUUGGCUAAGUUAAAGCCUGUUUUCAAGAAGGAUGGAUCCACAACUGCAGGAAAUGCUAGCCAGGUUUGUGAUGGUGCAGGAGCAGUUCUUCUUAUGAAGAGAAGUGUUGCUCUUCAGAAGGGGCUCCCAGUUCUUGGUGUAUUCAGGAGUUUUGCUGCGGUAGGAGUGGAUCCUGCUGUAAUGGGAAUAGGCCCAGCUGUAGCAAUUCCAGCUGCUGUAAAAUCUGCUGGUCUGGAACUGAGUGAUAUUGGUUUAUUUGAAAUCAACGAGGCAUUUGCAUCUCAAUAUGUAUAUUGUCAAAAGAAGCUGAAUCUGGAUCCUGAGAAGGUGAAUGUCAAUGGAGGUGCAAUUGCUCUUGGCCACCCUUUGGGAGCAACAGGUGCACGGUGUGUUGCUACAUUACUCCAUGAGAUGAAGCGUCGCGGAAGAGGUUGUCGAUUUGGUGUUAUAUCAAUGUGCAUAGGUUCAGGGAUGGGUGCUGCUGCGGUUUUUGAAAGAGGGGAUUAAGUUGAUGGUGUCUCCAAUGCAAGUGCGGUGAUCGCAAGAAGCAACUUGCUCUCCGAGGCUACUUAAUGCUGUUACAAGUUUCAUAUUAUAUAGUUCAGUUUUUGUGUCUGGAUUUUGAAAUAAACAUGAACGGACAUGUCUGUGCUUUGCUACAGAUCAUUUAUUUAGAAUAAAUGGAUAAUAGUUUC